GCGACCAAUGGUGGUAUGAAUAGUAAUAGUAGGCAUGAUAACGAUAAAUUAUUCGUUAGCGCAGAUGAUUAUCAGUCAGUUGAUUUGAUGAAUCUGAUCAACAAUCAAUCGCAAAAGUUCCCUCAACGUCUAUUGUACAAAGCUCAUUGGUUAAUUUAUGAAGGUGAACAGCCAUCGAUUGUUCAAAAUGCUGUUGUUAUACCAGAGAAAAGUAGUGUGGUCGAAGAGGAUAGUGAAGAAAACGCAGACGAUAUUUCUACGACCUCAACGAGAGAAUCGUCGAUGUUGUUCGGUGCGUCAAUGGCGUAUCGUGAAUCGUUGAAAAAGAUCCGAAAAUUUGAACGAAUAAACGUGAAACCAACAAGUACAUAUCUGUUAUCGUUGGAACAACAACGAUUCUUCAAGGAAAUAAUGGAAGCUUGUGUAGGUCUGGAUGAUAAACGAAGGAUGGAGGCAUUAGAAAGUCUUCAACUAGACACGAGUUUGCAAUCGUUAUUGCCGAAUAUUUCAAGAUGGCUGGCACAAGGAGUUCAUGCGAAUAUAGUUCAACGGUCACUGGCAAUGUUGAUCUAUAUUGUACGUGCGCAUUCAGCACUUAUCCAUAACCGUUCACUGAAUCUUAAACCUGUGCUUCACGAAAUGAUUCCGUCGUUGUUAAGUUGUAUGAUAAGUAAGCAGUUAUGUGUGAGACCAGACAUCGAUAAUCAUUGGACUUUGCGUGAUUUUGCAAGUAAAUGCUUGGUGCAGUUGAUAAGAGAACGAGGUGGGAUUUGCGAUGUGCGGAAUCGCGUGCAGAGAACACUCGCAGUGUGUUUCACCGACGUAGAAUCGACAGAGAAUAUGAAAUAUGGUGCAUUUCAUGCACUCUUCGAUUUAUCGAAUACUGAUCAGCGAGUCGCAUUAUAUCCACAUUUUGUGGAAAUAUUACGCGCAGUUCAUCCGUCCAAAACGUCUUCAAUGCCUCAACAGCAGAAAAUUGAUUCGACGAAAUUAUACACUCUUUUAUCGCGUUUCGAGCAAGCGAUGAAUAAAUAUGCUACCGUGCAGGGUCGUGGCAGUAGUUCAUCUUCACGGCUAUUCGUUGGCACUGAAUAUGGUGCUGAUUAUGUUAAGUUGGUGGCCGAGACCAUUGGUAUAACAAAUUUGUCUGAGAAAUGUGCGUCUCAAGUUGGUGCAUCAGUCACCUUCGUUAUUAAGGAAUUACUGGAACAAUCGAAGAAAUUUGCGAGUCAUGCGCGACGAAAACGUGUGAUUGCGGAUGAUUUUGUUGAGGCGCUGAAAUUCAGGGGUCAUUCGCCAAUAUUUGGGUUGAGUUCAAAAGAAGGAGUUUCGUAUCGUUUGGUUGGUUCAACUGGACGUAUUGUUAAUGUUUCAGCGCAUUGGUUAGUAAUAGAUGGUGAACAGCCAGCAGUACCAGAGAAUCCAAUUCCGAAAUAUGACGAAGAUUUGGCAUCAACAGCAAGCAGUAGUGUCAACGAAAAAGUCGAGCAACAACAGCAAAACGAUAUUGGCGGCAGUCAUUCGUUACUGUCCAUCUUGUCAUCACAAAAUACGAAAAAACUACGUAAAAUUGAACAAAUACAAGUGAAAACAAUUACAACACAUACAUUAUCUUUGGAACAGCAGAUAUUCUUCAAAGAAAUCACUGAGGCGAUUAUGGGAAGUGACGACUCACGUCGAACGGAAGCUCUGCAUAGUUUACAAACAGAUGCGGGUAUUCAAAUAUUGUUGCCGCGGUUUUCGUUAGCGAUUGCUGAAGGGGUGCGAUGUAAUAUCGUUCAUCAUAACCUAGCGAUUCUGAUCUAUUUGAUGCGUAUGAUCCAAAGUAUUGCCUCAAAUCCGGCCUUAUCGCUCGACCGAUGUCUGCAUGAACUAUUACCUUCAAUAUUGUCGUGCAUAUUGAGUAAACAGCUCUGUGCACGUCCAGAAACAGACAACCAUUGGGCACUUCGUGAAUUCUCUAGUAGGUUGCUGUCGACGAUUUGCAGAGCGUAUAACGUGAACGGUUUACGAUCACGUAUAACACAAGUGCUGACACGAGUAUGGCAAGAAGAGAACUCGACACUGGCGACUUUGUACGGUUCUAUUUACGCGUUGAAUGAACUUGGUAUUGAUACAAUUCGAGCCGUGAUCGUUCCACGUGCACCACAAUUAUAUAAUGAUAUCAAGAAGGCACAGUCAGAUAAGUCGAAUCCAGUGGAUAAAGUUGGUGCUGAAAAAGUUUAUAGUUUCGUUACGAAAGUGCUGACAAAUUAUGUGCGAACUCAACGACCGACAGGACUGAAGGAUGUGAACGAUUAUCGGACGAUGUUCGGUGGAUUUGGGGACGCGAUAUUUAGGUGA